AUGCCUCCCAAGAAGGCCCCAGUUCAAGAAAAGGUCCUGCUGGGCCGUCCCGGCAACAACUUGAAGAGCGGUAUCGUUGGUCUUGCAAACGUCGGCAAGUCGACACUCUUCCAGUCCAUCACCAAGUCCUCCUUGGGUAACCCGGCCAACUUCCCGUAUGCCACCAUCGACCCCGAAGAGGCCCGCGUCAUUGUCCCUGAUGAGCGGUUCGACUGGCUCGUAGACCACUACAAGCCCAAGUCGCAGGUUCCCGCCAACUUGACCGUGUACGAUAUUGCCGGUCUGACUCGCGGUGCCUCGACUGGUGCCGGUCUUGGUAAUUCUUUCUUGUCCCACAUUCGCGCCGUUGACGCCAUCUUCCAAGUGGUGCGCUGCUUCGAUGACGCCGAGAUCAUCCACGUUGAGGGCGAUGUCGACCCCGUCCGUGAUUUGACAAUCAUCAGCGAGGAGCUGCGUGUCAAGGAUAUUGAAUUCGUGGAGAAGGCUCUGGAGUCUCUGUCCAAGCAGACCCGCCGUGGAGGCCAGUCUCUUGAGAUGAAGAAGAUGAAGGAAGAGGAGGCAACUACUGCUAAGAUCCUGGAAUGGCUGAAGUCUGGCAAGGACAUCCGCCAAGGUGACUGGAGUCCUAAGGAGGUUGAAGUCAUUAACCCCCUUUUCCUCCUCACUGCUAAACCCGUUGUGUACUUGGUCAACCUGAGCGAGAGGGAUUACAUCCGCCAGAAGAACAAGUACCUUCCCAAGCUUUUCGAGUGGAUUAAGGAGAACUCCACCGGCUCCCCAGUACUCCCCAUCUCUGCCCAGUUCGAGGAGCGUCUGACCCAGAUGGGCGACGACGCAGCCGCUGCCGAAGAGUGCAAGAAGCUUGGCACCAAGUCCGGCCUGCCCAAGGUUAUUACCACCAUGCGCCAGGCGCUGAACUUGGCCAGUUUCUUCACUACCGGUACUGACGAAGUCCGCCAAUGGACCAUCCGCAAGGGCACCAAAGCCCCUGCUGCUGCUGGUGUUAUCCACACUGACUUCGAGAAGACCUUCAUCCAGGCUAUCGUAUACAACUACAACCUUCUGAAGGAGCUUGGUAGCGAAGCUGAAGUUAAGGCGGCCGGUAAGGUUAUGACCAAGGGCAAGGACUAUGUCGUCGAGGAUGGCGACAUCUUGCUCAUCAAGGCCGGUGCUGCUAAGGCAUAG